CUGAUCCAAAACACUUGUGUGUUGAUGUGCGUUGAUGUGUGUAUGGAUUAUUGUGUAUAAAACACGUGGAGAUCUAAACUACAUAAUUUUUAUGCACUGACAUAAUGGCAGAGCCUGAAACAGAAAUCCUGGAAAUAACAGCAAAUGAAGACACCGGGUUACACAGAGUUGUAGAUUUUAAUGCUAAAUAUUAUAAACAGAAAACAGACGAAAAGAUUUGCGACAGAAUUAAAAAAUAUGCUAAGAAAUACUCAUCAAUAAAUUACAUGAAGUCAUGUUUGUUUUCUAAUGUGCCUAUAAUACGGAACCUUAGAAAAUAUAACUUACAGAAAUACUUAGUGAGUGAUAUUCUCUCUGGAAUUACAGUCGGCAUCAUGCAGAUACCUCAAGGCAUGGCAUUUGGUUUGUUGACAACAUUGCCACCGAUAUGUGGAAUGUACACUGCCUUCUUUGGUCCUUUGACAUACUUUUUCUUCGGAUCAUCAAGACAUCUCUCUGUAGGAGCAGUAGCCGUAGUUAGUCUGAUGAUGGCUUCAGUGAUUGAUGUUGCAAUGCAAGAAAACAAUCUGUAUGUAAUCACAGAAAACUCAACAAAUACUUCAACAGAUGAGAUUGUUAAUAAACGAAAAAUAGAGAUAGCUACGUCAGUAUCAUUCGUGUCUGGGCUAAUUAUGGUAACAAUAUGA